AUGGAUGUAGUUCGAGAAGAACAAGCUGCCUUCAGAGAGGAGAUGGACUCUGUCAAAAGCAAGAUUGAACAGAUCUUUGAGGCUAUACAAGCUCUAGAUAGAAGGGAAGAAAAGGCUCGUGUUGCUACUGCUGCAAGGAACGAUGCUCUGGUUCAAGGGGUUGCUCUUCAGUCAGGACCUUCAGUUCCUAUUCCAAAUCCCGUUAUCUACGGUCUUCCUCCAGGUUUUGUUCCACCGCCUGUAAGAACUCAUAUGCCUCCACCUGCGCAUACUUCUGGAGUAGCUGAUGGAGUCGCUAUGCAAGGACCUCCGAUAGUCAAUGAAGUAGUCAUUCCCCACACUGAUGAGGAGCUCCAGGACGAGUUUGAAAUGCAGAAUUAUAAUGGAGCUUCUCCAAUGGUCAUCCCUAUUGAUGCCCAAGAUUCUGAGGCUAUCUUGAUGUGCCGUGCUCUGGACGAAAAGCUAAGAAUCUUGGAAGGACAUAACUCAACCCGAUUAAGUGCCUUGGAGAUGUGUCUGGUCCCAGACGUGGUGAUUCCUCCAAAAUUCAAAGCGCCUGAAUUUGAAAAAUACAAAGGUCUCACAUGUCCUAACAUACACUUGAAAAUGUAUUGCAGAAAAAUGGAUGCUUAUGCCAGAGAUGAUAAGCUCAUGAUCCAUUGCUUUCAGGACAAUCUAAUUGGGGCAUCUUUGGAUUGGUACAUGAAAUUGAAGUGUAGCAACAUCCACACUUGGGAUGAGUUGGCUGAAGCAUUUGCAAAGCAAUACACAUAUAAUACUGACAUGGAACCAAACCAUACUCAGCUUCAGAGGCCAAUAUUAUGA